AUGGGGCUGCUGGAUGUCUUCUACUCCGCGUUCUGCUGCCGGUGUUACGUGCAGCAGGAACAGGACGAAAAGGACGCAAUAUUAAGGACCAGCCAAUCCAGUGGCAGUGAGCCCGGCUCGGACCCCGGGGCUGGGAGGGAACCGAAGCGGAAGCUGUGGAACUGCCUGCUCACCUCCAACUCCAACUCCGCCACGGAGCCCGAGUCUGACGGAGAGCUGCAGGCUUUCAUCAUGAUGAGGAACCAGGUGGACAAGGACACCGAGGAGUGGGAGAAGCUGAACUAUGACAUCCACACCCUGAAAUGCACCAGGCGGGAGGUGAACACCAGGUGGAAGAAGAUCCUGCUGCAGAUGGGUUACCAGAAGGAGGUGGAGUCCUUGCUGAUGGUGAAUAAACAGCGGAUGAUGAGUGACUGUGAAAACCUGGCCCGGGCCAGGGAGCUCCUGCACACCCUGUGGGAGGAGUCCAGUCUGUUCCCAGGGGGAGUCUGGGCCCAGGAGAAAUACUUCUUUGUCAUGGAUCGCCUGGUGUCCCUCGACAGCGCUGAGGACUUUGUCAGGCUGGCAAAGGAAAAGUAUCCAAAGAACCGAUAG